AUGGACGAAAACCUGGAAUUAGAGCUAAAAAAGCUCUGUUGUACCUGUUUAAGCAGAGAUCGGAAGCUAUUUCAGUUAUGUAGAUUACCUGAUGGUAUAAAUAACUUAUAUUCACUAUUAUCCUACGAUUCUGAGGCCUAUAGAGAAGGUUUUUACAGAGACACAACGAGUUUGUUCAUUUGCUGGGAGUGUAGAGCUGUUAUGUGUCGGAUCACUAGGUUUAGAAGACAAGCUUGUACAGCUCAGAAGUGUCUGAGUGACAUUGCUGAUGGACGGACUAAUGUCAAUACAACAUGCCUAUCCCGCCUUACCAGCAAAAAACUCAAUGAACUAGCCGUAACAUCAAAAUGCACAGAUACAGAGAAUUUUAUAAAUCUAACAGAAGGUUUUAUAGACUGUGGUCCAACAACAGAUAUACUCAUAAAGAAUGAAUUGGAUGAUGAUGACAUUCCAUUAUCCGAACUCAAUAACUGGCCAGACCAUGUCGCAGAAACAAUCAUAGACUGCAAAGAUGAACCGUUAAAAACCGUAAACAAUGAUAAACUGUCAAAAGCGAUAGCUAAUAAAGAUGAACUGCCAACAACCAUAGACAAUAAGGAUGAACUGUCAAACACAUUAGUGUUGCCAGGUGUAAAAAAGAAGAAAAAGUAUUUGAAGAAAGUUUUUUCUACUGUUUCUAUUGAUGAUUCUGAAUUGGAGAAGAUGAGAAGUGAUUGUAGGUUGGAUGCUGAAUUUUUGGAAGCAAGUUUUAAAUGUGAUAGCUGUAUUGAGAUUUUCGAUAACGAUGCUGCAAUGGCUGAACAUAAUUCAUUACAUCUAGAGAAACCAAAUCACACGCAAUGUGAUAUUUGCCUCGUCUAUACUCUGACGUCAUCGUACACAUGCCAUAGACAAGAGCAUUACCAUAGACACGACUGUAAAUUGUGCAAAUAUACAAGUUUGAAUGAAAGCGCUAUCUAUUUACAUUUGGAAACUAGACAUGAGGUUAAAGAACUUUCGACUAAGAAGGUUAAAGCGAGUAAAGAGAAGUUGAUGGAAAACGUAAAAACUACAAGUAAAUUAAAAGACAAGACGCCUUUACAAUACAAAUGUGAUGAAUGCGAUAAAUAUUUCGGUAAUAAAAGUGCGCGCUGGAAACACGUACAAAAAUGUCAUAGAGAGGGAUUCGAAUGUGCGACUUGCGGUCAACGGUUUCCAUUCAAAAAUAACCUUAGAAGACAUGAGCAACGUCACAAAUCCCCACCGCCCCGCGAAGAAUGUCAUAUCUGCCACAAAAUGGUCAGAAUAUCUUUAAAAGCGAACCAUGCGAAGAUACACACAGAGCGUCCGAGGUACCGAUGUGAUCAAUGCGACAAAAUAUUCGUCUCUCGAGAAUCCUAUGAGAACCACUUGAAGUAUUCCAUGGCGCAUGCCAAAGGAGAUUUGUUGAAAUAUAAAUGUACGAUGUGUGCGAAAGGGUACAGGUCUCGCAACGAGCUCAGAGACCAUGUGAACUACCAACAUAUGGGGAAGACGCAGCAUAAAUGUCCCAUCUGUGAAAAGGCUCUAGCCACGAGGCGUUGUAUCACUCGGCACGUGAAACGCGCUCACGAAGGCAUCAAGGAGAAUGUUCGAGACAAAAUGUGUCAGACUUGUGGAAAGGCAUUUACGCACAAGAAAAGUCUAAUCGAGCACGAACUAAUUCACUCUGGCGCUCGUCCGCUCUGGUGUGAGCUGUGUGGCUCUACAUUCCGACAGAGUGCGUCCCUGUAUACACACAGAAAGAGAGUGCAUCGACUUCAUACUGCGAGGAAGACCGCCACGUUGUUACACACGUGA